CGCAGAUGGCAGCUCGAGCUGUCUCGGCCAUAUCCGCACGGAAUACACCACUCCAACCGACCAAACAAACGCAACCGGCAAUCAUGGGCGCCGCUCGGCUGGACAUCCGGGCGUUGCACCAGAGCCGCGGCCAGCUAUACUACCUGCCUCUUGAAGGCAUAACCAUCAAUUGCUGACUCGUUGGAGGGGUAUCCGUGUAGCCUACUGCGCGAGAGCUGCCAUCGCUGGAGCCUUGAGCGCGGCGCAUGUCGUCACUUGCAUCCAACGCCCGGCCGCGACCCCACCGCACCACCGAAUCGAGCUUCGCAACCACCGCGGCAAAAGAGGACCGUUGCUUUCCCAGGCAACCACUCCAGAGUCCCUCGACUUCUUACUUACAUGUUACAUUUCCGGCGGCCAUCCCACAAAAACCAACCUGCCAUGGCCGCUCCGCCGACCGCGACCUCAUCCUCCUCCGCGCCCCCGACAGGCCCAGGCUCAGGCUCAGGCUCGGCCCCCGCCCCCAACAACGCCUUCCUACAGUCGCCCGCCGCGAUUCCGCCGCGCACCUCGUCCACCUACUCUACCGCAGCAGCGCCGCCACCAGGAGCAGCAGCAGCCCUUCGGAGCGUCCCCGAGAACGACUGGCCGUCCGCUCCCACCUCCGCUGCGGCCAACCACCACCACAAGCGCCAGCGAAGCCGCAAAGCCUCGGGUGGCGCAACGAGUUUUCCCUCAGCAGCCAUGUCAGGUACCUCGCAGACCCCGCCCGACCCGAACCGCUUUGCGACCGAGGACUUCUUCCUCAACAGCGCGCGGCGGCCGUGGUCCGAGGAGAAGGACCGGGUGCUCCGGGCGCCGUUCGACUACCUCAACCAACACCCGGGCAAGGACUUCCGCACCGCCCUGGUCAAGGCCUUCGAUGCCUGGCUGGAGGUGCCGCCCGAGAGCCUCGAGGUGAUCACGCGGGUCGUCAGCAUGCUGCACACGGCGUCGCUGCUCGUCGACGACGUCGAGGACAACAGCCAGCUGCGCCGCGGCUUCCCCGUCGCCCACAACAUCUUCGGCAUCCCGCAGACCAUCAACUCGUCCAACUACGUCUACUUCUGCGCCCUGCAGGAGCUGCAGAAGCUGCGCAACCCCAAGGCCGUGUCCAUCUUCGCCGAGGAGCUCAUCAACCUGCACCGCGGCCAGGGCAUGGACCUCUUCUGGCGCGACACGCUGACCUGCCCGACCGAGGACGACUACCUCGAGAUGGUCAGCAACAAGACGGGCGGGCUCUUCCGCCUGGGCAUCAAGCUGAUGCAGGCCGAGUCGCGCAGCCUGGUCGACUGCGUGCCGCUGGUCAACGCGAUCGGGCUGAUCUUCCAGAUCGCCGACGACUACCACAACCUGUUCAACCGCCAGUACGCCGCCAACAAGGGCAUGUGCGAGGACCUGACCGAGGGCAAGUUCAGCUUCCCCGUCAUCCACAGCAUCCGCUCCCGCCCCGGCGACCUGCAGCUGCUCAACAUCCUGCGCCAGAAGACCGAGAACGAGGAGGUCAAGCGCUACGCCGUCGCCUACAUGGAGAGCACCGGCAGCUUCGAGUACACCCGCCGCGUCCUGGACGUGCUGAUCGCGCGCGCCCGCCGCAUGGCCGACGAGGUCGACGACGGCCGCGGCAAGGCCCAGGGCGUCCACGAAAUCUUGGACCGCAUGGUCAUCAAGGAGUAGGAGACCUUUUUUUUUUUUCUUUCGGAUAGUGUGUAGUUACUUGUACGAGUUAGGUCUGCAGGUGUGUUUUGCCGGAAAUAUACCCCUGUUUGCUCUUGAUUACUUCUAGAGACUGCC